AUGACUGCGGUGGACUUGGAGGAGAGGGAGAAGAUGGCCGCCGAUGAGAAGGAGGCCUUCUGCCAUGUAUCUAGGCGCCGGUCGUCCAGCUGGGCCUCUACGGAGAGGAGGUCCGACUCCACAACCGCGCGCCGGGAGAGGAGGACGGCCACCUUCUCCACAUCCGCUGCGGCCUUCACGCGCCGGGACGGGACGGGACGCCGCCAUGGACCUGCUUCUCUUCUCCGCCGAGCUCCGACCCUCACUUCCGCAGAUCAAGGAUCAAGUCUGCACGGAGUUGCAGCCUUGUCCAUCUCUGCAUCUGAUCCAUGCAGGCAGUUUGCUGCCAUCACCAAGGUAGGCACUACGGGUGUGAUCGAAGGGGUUCAAGGGCAUGCCCACCAAGGCGCUCAACAUUGCCAACAUCAAGCCACCUAUGUUUCCAAGCAGCAGGCAACCUCUAUCAACGAUCGGGACCCCAUGCCCAAGGUGACGAGGAGGACACCGUCGAGUCCGACCUCCACCUCGACCAUUACGACGCCUAGCAAGGUCAAUCCCUACUUUACAGGAGUUAUGUGGUAUUUAUUUGGCAUGAGGCAAGAUUUGAGGGGCAAACUCCUCGACCUGGUGGUUUCGGCGGUGGUUUCGGCACCGGUGCUCUUGCUCCCAACAUGGACAAAUCAAAGAGUGCUCGGCCUUCAAUAG